AUGUUGAUAUAUCUGGGAUUUGGUCUUGCUGUGACAACGAUGUGUAUCGAUUUAGUUGGUAUUCAAUACAUCCAAAAAAUUCAUUAUUUUGGCCGAAAAUUCCACGGUACCGAUAUAUUGCAAUUGCUCAAACGAAGACAAAUGAUUGAACAUGGAUUAACAACUGAUCAGGGUGAUGAAUUCUUAAAACUAUACCUCAGACAACUUCAAGAAGCAGCAGGAAUUACUUUGAUCGAAGGAUCAAAAAGACAUUCAUGCAAUUAUACAUCAGAGAUGCCUACUCCAGCUAAUUAUGAUAUCAGUGAUGAUAAUAACAAUGAUGGCUUACAAUG